UUGAUUAUCGCAGCCACCAAUGCUACCUUGGUACCUGGAGCACGCUGGCCAGCUGGUCCAGUACUAAGCUGCCUGCCACCCUCUUAUCUAAUGCCCGCUACUGCCACUACAAAGGCAGCUUCGUCAUCCUUUCUCUCCUCUGGCAGCAAUCAAUCUUUCAUCCAUCCUCCAUCCAUCCCAUCCCAUCUUCCAAACCACAUCAUCAAUCUCUGAGCGUCGCCCAAUAUGAAGAGCGCUUUGAUUGCCGCCGCGGCGCUUGUUGGCUCCGCCCAAGCUGGCGUCCACAAGAUGAAGCUGCAGAAGGUUUCCCUCGAGCAGCAGCUGGAGGGUUCAACCAUCGAGUCCCAGGUCCAGCAGCUCGGCCAGAAGUACAUGGGCAUCCGCCCUACUAGCCGUGCCGAUGUCAUGUUCAAUGACAAGGUGCCCAAGGUCCAGGGCGGUCACCCAGUGCCCGUCACCAACUUCAUGAAUGCCCAAUACUUCUCCGAGAUUACCAUCGGUACUCCCCCUCAGACCUUCAAGGUGGUCCUUGACACUGGAAGCUCCAACCUUUGGGUUCCCUCCCAGUCGUGCAACAGCAUUGCCUGCUUCCUGCACUCCACGUACGAUUCGUCCUCUUCAAAGACGUACAAGCAGAAUGGAUCCGACUUUGAGAUCCACUACGGAUCAGGCAGCUUGACUGGCUUCAUCUCCAAUGAUGUCGUCACCAUCGGUGACCUCAAGAUUGAGAAGCAGGACUUUGCCGAGGCUACCAGCGAGCCCGGUCUUGCCUUUGCUUUCGGCCGCUUCGAUGGCAUUCUUGGCCUUGGUUACGAUACCAUUUCCGUGAAUGGCAUCGUCCCCCCCUUCUACCAGAUGGUCAAGCAGAAGCUUAUUGACGAGCCCGUCUUUGCUUUCUACUUGGGAAGCAGCGACGAGGGUUCCGAGGCCGUCUUCGGUGGUGUCGAUGAAUCUCACUACGAGGGAAAGAUUGAGUACAUUCCUCUCCGCCGCAAGGCCUACUGGGAGGUGGACCUCAAUGCCAUUUCUUUCGGUGACCAGGAAGCUGAGCUUGAGAACACCGGUGCCAUCCUCGACACUGGUACUUCUCUCAACGUUCUUCCCUCUGACCUUGCCGAGCUCCUCAAUGCCCAGAUCGGUGCCAAGAAGGGCUUCGGCGGUCAGUACACUGUCGACUGCUCCAAGCGUGAUUCCCUUCCCGACAUCAGCUUCACCCUGGCCGGUUCCAAGUACAGCCUCCCUGCUACCGACUACAUCAUUGAGAUGCAAGGUAACUGCAUUUCUUCCUUCCAGGGCAUGGAUUUCCCCGCCCCCGUUGGCCCUCUUGUUAUUCUUGGCGAUGCUUUCUUGCGCCGCUACUACUCUGUCUACGAUCUCGGCAAGAACGCCGUCGGUCUUGCCAAGGCCAAAUAAAUCAACAGGACGUGCUGGAAUAGGGUGUAUCUAAGAUGAGCACUGCUUGUGUGUUGGCAGAAGCCAGUUUUGGUUAUUUUGGGCAGCUUUGAGUGCAGCAAUACAGUAUUGCUGGGAGUAUGGAUCAAGACUGCAACGUCAUUUAUGUAAUAUAAUGGAUACUAUUAGCUCCAGUUUGCUGCUACGCUUUAAUCCGAUGCC